AUGCAUUCAAUUCGCCCUCGGGUACUGAGAGGCCUUGCAGGUCUGCGGAGCAGUGCAGGCCUGCGCCCUUCCAACUCCCGUAUCCAGUCUCCCCUAGGGCUGGCUCAACUAACCCCCCAGCUCCAGUUCAAGCUUCAGCUUGAGUUCUGUCGUUUUGCAAGCUCCAAUGCAUCGCCCGAAAAGGCCUUCCAAGAGCGCGUGCAAGAAAUCCGCAAUGCCUGUGCCGAACCCUAUCCCCGGCUGGCGGUAGACUCGCGCACCCUCAGUUGCGCCGAGUUCCGCUCUCGCUAUGCCCAUCUGAAGGAUAAUGAAUCAGUAGAGGAAGACUCGGUGGUGGUCUCUGGUAGGAUUCGUACGUAUAGACUUGCCGGGAGCAAAUUGAUCUUCUUCGAUAUCGUGCAAGAUGGAUGCAAAGUCCAAGUCAUGUGCAAUAAGCGACAGCUCGAGGGCAUUGAGGGUCCUGAGUUUAAGAAAUUUUAUCGCCUCCUGCGUCGGGGUGAUGCAUUCUCCGUAGCUGGACGACCACAUCGCACUAGUCGUGGCGAACUCACCAUUGAUGCGACAGAGUUGCCCACGCUGCUCUCGCCGUGUCUGCAUGAUGUCCCCGUUCACGAUAGCUCGCACCAAUCCUCGCCCUAUCCCCGCCAUAUCCAAUUCCUGGCUGAUCCUGCGACGGCGGAUAUCCUUCGAGCUCGAGCCUCUUUGAUCCAGUACCUACGCCAAUUCUUCGUGGAUCGGUCGUUCAUGGAAGUCAGCACUCCCAUUAUCGGGUCCGUGGCCGGAGGUGCCAUUGCUCGGCCAUUUAAUACCUCGGCCACCGAGUUCCCUGAUCGCCAAUUGUCGCUGCGCAUUGCACCAGAGCUAUGGCUUAAGCGACUAGUCGUGGGUGGAUUUGACAAAGUGUUUGAGAUUGGACCCUCGUUCCGAAAUGAAGGCAUUGACAAGACACACAACCCCGAAUUCACCACCUGCGAAUUCUACCACGCCUAUGCCAACCUAGAAGACUUGAUGCACAUCACCGAAACGCUCCUCUCCGGCAUGGCCACUCACAUCAAGGCCCUCAACAAAGAAGGCACCCUUAAUCAAACCACCGCCAACUUCACCACUCCCUUUCGCCGCAUCGACUUCAUCCCGGGCAUCGAAGCCCAAAUCAGCCGCUCCCUCCCUGAUCUCUCCUCCCCCGACGCCCUCACAAACAUGCACACUCUCUUCCACGAUCUCUCCCUCCCACUCCCCACCAACGCAACCCUCCCGCGCCUCCUCGACGAGCUCUGCGCCACCUACCUCGAACCCACCUGCACAGAUCCAACCUUCAUCAUCAACCCGCCCGAAUGCCUCUCCCCACUCUCCAAGUCCUUCAUCCACCCAACAACAAAACAAGUCGUCGCCGCCCGCGGCGAGCUCUUCAUCGAAGGGAAGGAGGUGGUUAACACCUAUGAAGAGGAGAACUCGCCCUUCGAGCAGCGGCGCAAGUUUGAGGACCAGGUGAGGUUUAGUAAAGGGGGUGAGGAGGGUGUCGAGGUGGAUGAGAGUUAUUUAGAGGCGUUGGAGUGGGGGGCUUCCUGCAACGGGGGGUUGGGGCUGUGGUAUUGA